UAUGGAUACUUUGGUGUCUUCAAACCACACAGACAUACAGGUGGACUAACCCGUGGACUUGAUGACAGGGAAAUAAGGUCUGCGACUCUUUUUAGAGUGGGACACUGUUUCAGUGUUGAGAGUGGAGAUGUCCGAGGAAAAUUUGGGGGAAGAGUCAAGCAGCUCCCCAGUCUCCCCUGUGGACAGCCUGAGCAACAGCGAGGGGGAGGCGGACACGCAGCCCAAGAGAAGCGCUAGGAAGCGGAGGCCGAGCAGGAAACACGCCGAGGACUCGGACAGCCCGGUGCAGGGGGCCAAGAGAGGCAAGAAGUCGAGCAGCAGCGGCAGCCCGCAGUCGCUGGAGGACCUCCAGAGCCAGCGAGUCAUGGCCAACGUGCGGGAGCGCCAGAGGACACAGUCGCUCAAUGAGGCGUUCGCGGCCCUGAGAAAAAUCAUCCCUACGCUGCCCUCAGACAAACUGAGCAAAAUACAGACGCUCAAACUGGCCGCUAGGUACAUCGACUUCCUGUGCCAGGUGCUGCAGAGCGACGAGCUGGACUCCAAGAUGUCCAGUUGUAGCUAUGUGGCCCACGAAAGGCUCAGCUACGCCUUCUCCGUGUGGAGGAUGGAGGGCGCCUGGUCCAUGUCAACAUCUCACUAGCACCAGGACGACUUAAGCCCAACAUGGUGACUGCUGAUUCUAUACUUCUCACAUUUUGACGGGACAAAUCUGGAGUCCAAUGCUGGAUACAUGGGAUCACUAUUUAAAGCAAAGACCACGGAGGUGCUGCAGGGGAUUUUUGUUUUUGUUUUUGCAGCCCCCUCAAACCCCCACUCUGAUGACGACGGUGUACGUGCAACGUUGUUGACGACGAAUGUUGAAAAUAUCACGGUUGAUGAAGAGGUUUUUUUAACCACAUGUAUUUGUACUUAUUUCUGCCGACGUGGAGUAAGGCAGUUUGACGUGUGCGUGUGUGUUUGCGUGUGAGUGUGAUAUUACCCACUGUUGGUGUAACUCACAUUAUAAAUGGCUGUCUUUGUGGAUCGAACCUGUGCAAGAAAAAAAAUAUUUUCAGAAUACAUUUAUUUAUUUAUUGAUGUUACAUUUAGGGACUACAUCCUGUGUUUGAAAUACAAAUACAUUCCUAUUUUUAUUAUCAAUUUUUUGUAAAUGUUUGUAUAUUUUUUGCA